AACGCAUGAAAUCUUUUUUCCCAACCUUCGGUACGUCCGCCAUUUUAACAUACGGGACAUUAACAGAAGUGUUAAGGUUUUAUGUUUUAAUCGUUGAUACAUCCCUCGUGAGAAUUAAAUCAUUUUAUUAGUGGAACAGAAUACGGAUUAAUUUUCGUGGUGGACAGCAAUGACAGAGAACGUAUUGGAGAGGCACGUGAGGAGUUGAUGCGAAUGCUGGCUGAGGAUGAACUCAGAGAUGCUGUACUCCUAAUAUUCGCUAACAAACAGGAUCUGCCAAAUGCAAUGAACGCAGCAGAGAUAACUGAUAAAUUGGGACUGCACUCGUUACGCAAUCGUAAUUGGUAUAUCCAAGCAACGUGUGCCACAAGUGGAGAUGGCCUAUACGAGGGUCUCGAUUGGCUCUCAAAUCAGCUUAAGAAUGCAAACCGCUAAUCCCCACUACGAUUAAUUAAUUGAUUCCUACAUUUUAAAUCGAGAUGAGAAAAAAAAAUACGUGAAAAAAAGCAAAAAAAAGAAAUAAAUAAUAACACAUUAUCACGAUCAUUAAGAAAAAUGACAAGAAAUCGAUGAACUACAGGAAACCUACGUGAAUGGCUCACAUCCAUGGCCCCCCCUCUCUGAUGAAGAAAAACGUCGAAGCAAUAAUUUAGAACAAUAAUAAUCUGAACAACAAAAACAGGAAAAGUCUGCCAUCGAGACAAAUCUCCUGGGCCAAUUUUUUUUUCAAUGCAUUAAUCGUUUCGUAUCUCGGGGAGUUGUAGUUUUAGGGCAGAAUUUUAUGGGACUUUUUUGUUGGCGAGGAAAUUUUCGAUGAAAAAGAUAUCUUGUGAUUUUUCCCUUGGGCCAAUCUUGGGUGAGAUAAUUUCAUCGAAAAAUGGAUGAACGUUUUUCUUGAGAUAAAUUUAGAAGAGACUUUUUUUUUCAUCAAGAUUAUUUUUGAGAGUGGGGGGAGGGGAGGUCAAGUGACACCUGGGGAACCUGGGGAAAUUAGGGAAAGUAAUGUGAGAAAAAUUCCAGAUGAUAGCGUAAAAUUUUGGGUUUGAUAAAUAAAAAAAAAUGGAGAAUUAUUGGGAAAUCUUGAGAUCACUGAGCGGCACUUGUGGUUGAUGUGGCUGACUCUUAGGAUCCGCAAUGAUUAUUUUAUAAUUUUGUUCUUAUUUCUCUGCAGUAAUUUAACGAAAGAAAACUGAAAACAAAUUACAAAAAAAAAGAGCAUUGUCCAUUAAAUCUUAUAAUUAUUAA